UCUUGGGUGCUUGCACAUUACAUCCCUUCUACCGAGAAGAAAAUGGUGAAGUUUGUCAUUUUGGUGGGUCUUGUUCUGUUCAGUGAGGUUCAUGGGAUUCCUAACGGCGCUCGGAGCCCAGAUGAUUCAUCAGGUUCUGAGAGAGCCAGAGCAGACGGUUGGAUUACAUUCUCUCCCUCUUGGCCAUUCUCUUCAGUAAGCAGCCUUUUCCGCAACAGCGAAUCCAAUGAAAACGAAAUGAAAUUACUGAAGAAGCGAAUCGAGAAUCUCGAGAAGUCCCAGAAGUCCAUCGUCGAAUCGUUGAAAAGAAUAGACCCGGGUGAAGUCAAUUCGGCAUGCAAUACCACUGAGAGCCCUCACGGUGAAAAGCCGAUACUGCCAUUGAAAAACGAAGGAAUUAACAACAAGAAGAAACCACCGGUUAAAUCUAUGGGUUCUCUAACUUCUUCAGUCUUAACGGCCACUGAUCAUUUGCCUGGGGAAAUAGAUUCAACGAUUCCAUUGGUGAACAGCAGAGUCGAAACAACUGUUCCAGUUGCCAGUGAAAAACCGAUAACUAGUACCACCCAGCAAUUCGGCAAAUACAACCGAUAUUCAAGUGGCAAUCCUGACAAUAGGCAAAUUGUCAAAGUAGACAGCAUCGAAACUCCACCGAAUCACAAUCAGACGUCCAAUGUUUUUAGUACCGAGAGCGUCAAUUUUGCGCAUGAAAAAAGUACAACUGAAGUUUCUUUUUCAUUGACUUCACAAUUGGGAUCAAUCGUCGCACUUGUUUCACCUGGAAGUACCAAGCUUAAUGGACCAUUUGAGAGUCCAGCAACAAUUGA